AUGGUCAUUGAAAUUAGUGGUUUGUACAAGGAGGAUGCCAUUGUAUGGUCCACGCCGCUCGAGGACUCGCAGGUCGUCGUAAUCACGGCCGUGGCUGUCCUGAUGUGCGGAUGUUUCCUGGGUGCCGGGCUCCAAGACACCGUCCUCAGGAGGUCGUCCAAGUCGCGCAAGGCCAAGUUUCUGGACCGCGAUGAAGACAACAUGUCGACCUUCGCUAGACUCUGCUGUGUGCUUCUCAUACCGCUUUUCAAGGUCACCAUAAAGGGAGGCAAACCGUCGGACGAAUACCUGCCUCGACAUCGUGGUACCCUGCGCUGCCGAGACAUCGUAGACAGACUGCACUCAUUAUUGAGCAAGAACGUCCGGCGCCGACUCGACUUUACGGUGGCCCUGCUGCGUGUCCUGUGGAUGGACGCCUUCCGGGUCAUCCUCUGCACCCUGGCCUACUUCGCCUGCCUGUUCGUCAAGGUGCCGCUGCUGGAGUGA